ACGAACGCACGGAUGAACGAUCGCGAGGCCGAGCUCCGCGGACUGAGCCAGUCGGCGAGUGUCUGCUGGCCAGUGUACGCGCGCGCGCGCACCAGGGACGUCGCAGAGCAGAGAAAGAGAGUCGCUCUCUGCAGCCGUUCUGCGCGUAUAUAUAUAUAUAGAGUGUUGUUCUGUUCUCUCCCGCUCGCAUCUGCAUUCUUGCGGAUUACGGCAUUGCGGAUGUCCAGUUAUCGGGAGUGAGGUUAGCCGAGGGGUCAUGCUGCGCAGUGAUUACGCUGUAAUUACCUGGUAAUUCGGUGUAGCAGAGUGCGUAGGCACUCGGUGACGACAACUGCGACCAAGACGACGGCCCGACUAGUGUGCUGCUGCAUCGGCUGCUGACAACAUGACGUCGGUCUUCUCCAAGCUGAUCGACGGGACGUCGCACAAGUACGGCAUCCGUCAGGAGCAGCUGACGCGCGGAGUCGUCGGCGCGGUAACCGCGCUCUAUCUCCUCAAAGUCGGCUAUCCCUAUCUCGCGGCUAGUGCCAAGAUCUGCAUAGCCCAGGUCAAGGGUCGGGAGAACGCAGUCGAUAAGCGGAGCAACGGCAGCGUGCCGAAGAAGCAGCAGAAUGGCAGGAAGAAAACCGCCGCCGCGGCCGCCAAGGAGAAGAAGAUCGUGGGCUUGGACAGGAACUUUCUCAAGCAGUUGCUCAUGCUGCUCAAGAUCAUGAUUCCUGGCUGGAGGACCAGGGAAGCUGGACUGCUGACCUGCGCGACUUUCACCCUCUUGGCCAGGACCUUCCUUUCGGUCUAUGUUGCCACUCUUGAGGGCCAGAUUGUCAAGAGAAUAGUGCUGAGGGACAUCAAGGGAUUCUUCUGGAUGAUGGCCAGGUGGUUCGCCGUGGCUUUCCCUGCCACCUUUGUCAACUCGUCCAUCAGAUACCUGGAAGGCCGACUGGCUUUGAGCUUCAGAGAGCGACUGGUCGAGUACGCGUACAAAAUGUAUCUGAGCCAGCAGACCUACUACAGAGUCUCUGCCCUGGAUACUCGUCUGGGUGGAGCUGAACAAAGACUGACCGAUGAUUUAUCAGAGCUAGCCAGCUCCGUUGCACACUUGUACUCCAGCUUGACCAAGCCUCUGCUGGACUGCGCAUUGGUUGGCAUUGCUCUUAUCUCGUUCUCUGCUCGAAUGGGAGCAAGAACUGUUCCUGGUCCACUGCUGGCAGUUGUUGUUAUUGCACUUACUGGACAAGUUUUGCGUCUCGCGUCGCCCCGCUUUGGACAGCUGGUUGCCGAAGAAGCAUCUAGAAAGGGAAAAUUGCGAGAAGCACAUGCCAGGAUAAGUGCCCAUGCGGAGGAGAUUGCUUUCUAUGGAGGUCACAAAGCAGAGCACAGAUAUCUCACGACAGCGUACAAGUCGCUGAUUGUGCACUUGCGACGAGUUCUUGCCCUGAAAUUAGGCUAUGUCAUGUUAGAACAAUUCUUAAUGAAGUAUGUCUGGUCUGGAACCGGACUCCUAGUUAUCGCUAUGCCUUUGCUAUACACGUCGAGCUCUGUGCUACAAAAAGCGCGCAAUACUGACGGAGACGGUGGAGUGAGCGAACGUACGCGGUAUUUGACAGUUUCAAAACAUCUGUUAAGCUCUGGCGCGGAUGCAGUGGAAAGACUCAUGUCUUCCUACAAGGAACUAGUUGCCCUUGCUGGCUACACCGCUAGAGUAAGCGAGAUGUUGGAUGUUUUUAAGGAUGCUCGUGACUGCAUAUACAGAAGAAAUGUAGUGACGACUUGCCAAACUCGAACGCCUAACGGUACAACGGCGGAGGACCAAAAACUGGUCGAAUUCCGCGAUGGAAUACCAAUCAUCAAAGGAGUCGUCAGGGAAAGCGAAGAUGGUAGCAUAAGUCUAAUCGAUGUGCCAAUUGUUACGCCAAAUUGCGAAGUUAUAGUUUCUAAAUUAACGCUCGAGAUUCGACCCGGUGAUCACAUAAUCAUUACUGGUCCAAACGGUUGUGGAAAGAGUUCGUUGUUCAGAAUAAUUUCUGGACUUUGGCCGAUUUACGGUGGUAUCUUGACCAGGCCCGGAGAAAAAUACUCAAAGAAAACUGGCAGGCCAUCUUUGUUCUACAUUCCGCAAAAGCCGUACAUGACAGUAGGAUGUCUCCGAGACCAAAUAACGUAUCCAGCAGAGGUGACGAAAGACGAAUGUUCGGACGCGAAGCUACUCGAGUUGCUGGAUUUGGUUGAUCUUCGUGGACUCGUGGAGAGGGAACCCAACGGCCUCGACGCUCUUGGCGACUGGGAUUCGACCUUGUCCGGAGGAGAGAAACAACGUUUGGCUAUGACUAGAUUAUUUUACCAUGCGCCGCAGUACGCGCUUCUCGACGAGUGCUCGAGCGCUGUGAGCCUCGAGGCAGAAGGCGCCAUGUACGAGACGGCUAAGAAGAAAGGAAUCACAUUGUUAACAAUCACGCAUAGAGUGUCUUCCCUAUCCAAGUAUCACCGCUUGAUUCUGCGCUUUGACGGCGAGGGCGGUUGGAGUUUUGGGCCUUUGAACUCCGAGAGUCUGACAUUUUUGCAGAACGGCGAUAAAGAGGAGAAGAGUGAAAACAAAGAGGGACAUUAUCAGCAUUUGCAGGAGGUUCGGGAUUUGCUCAGUGAUGAAACUCACAUCGGCAUAAGCUGAGGGUCCUACGUCACGACGACUCAAGUCCUACGCAAGCUCGUGCACUUUCUCGUCCGCUGCACGCGAGUGUACAUAAAUACUUUUUCAACUUAGAUUUAAUCUAUUGUACAAAAUAUGAAAUUUAUUGCCGUAUUUUUUAUAAAGAGCAUGUCAAUUAUAUAUUAGACAUUAAAUUUUAUCAAGACAUGAUUUAUGAGAAUCGAUAUAGACGAUGAAAAAUGUAUACUGUACAAUCAGAAUGACGCGAGAGGAUUUCAUCCAUACUGAUAGUUAAAAUUCUUGGGUAAUAGAUAGUUUAUAUAUAUAUAUUGAAUCCUUCACUCGAUAACGUUCACAGUUUUAUAAUCAUCGAGAAGUAAGUGAGAAAAUAGAACUUUCGAGAGAAUAAAAAAAUUGCAUAAAAGUUGUUCUCCUGACGUAAUUCUCUUUAUGCAUGCUAUACCGCACUUUAUGGAUAGCUAGGUCAAUGAUAAAUAAAUUGAAAAAUAGAAAAACCUCGGAAAUCCUAAAUGCAGUUCAGCGUAUUUUAACGAGCGGUGAUUAGGGGACGUUGAAUUUAACAAAUUAUAUGAAUAUGGAAUAUUCCGCAGUGUCUCAAGCCUUAGAAGAGGUUGAUCAGACGAUCAAGUUUUGUUUUCAAUUGUAAAGCGCAGAAAUUUCAGAUUGUUGCCAAUUGUUAUUUAAUAAACGUUACGAAAUUUAUUUGUGGACAUAUUUUUCCGAUACAAUUUACCGACGAUAACUUUGAAUAUUGUGAUAUACGAAUUGUGGUAAUAAAGAGAAUGAUUUGAUUAAA